ACUUAUAAAUAUCAAGACAACUGACGUUUGCCCAUUUCAUUCUGCAUCGCUCUCAAGAAAGCGGAGAGUCUCUCUGCUUGGGUCGAGCCAACUCUCCGAACCGGAACCCCAAGCGUCGGCCGGCGACAGCGGCGUCGGCGUCGGCGGAGGAAACUUUUCCGGCGAGAGAGGAAGACGAAAGAUAUGGUGGAGACGCGGCGCAGCUCAUCGGCGACCAAGCGGCACUGUGCUUCGCCUCAAUCCAGCAAGCGAUCUAAGGUUAAGAUCGAGGCGUCAUCUCCUCGACCGAGCAAGCGGUCUAAAGUUAAGAUCGAGGCGACCGCUGCUGCUCUCGCGUCUGAUUCGGAUCCGGCGGGGUCAUCGUCCACGAGCGAGGUGCCGAUCGAAAAUCAGGGACCGGCUUCGGAUCCUGGAUCGGAAUCGAGCCCCCCUGAUCCGCCGACUGUGGUUUCGGCGAAGCCCGUCACUGUUGAUGUGGCGGCGGCGGAGAACAUUCCUGAGACAGACGCCAACGCGGAAGUCGAAGUAUUGGUGACACCAACGGCCACAGGUGAAGUGUUGGUGGAUACGAAGAAACCGAAGGCGGCGAAGAAGAGGGCUGGAAAGACUCCAUGGGGCAAGCUGCUCUCUCAGUGUUCUCAGAACCCUCAUCGUGUCAUGAAAGCUCCUGUCUUUACUAUUGGACAACGUGGUUGCGAUUUAUCUAUAAAAGAUUCUUCUAUGCCCCGUACUACUCUUUGUGAACUGAGGCAGUCUGAGCAUGGAGAUCCAUCAGCUGCAUCUCUUGAGAUAAUUGGAAACAGAGGUAUUGUCCAGGUCAAUGGCAAGAAUUACCAAAGGAAAGCUACUAUUCAACUUCGCGGUGGUGAUGAGCUGGUUUUCAGCUCCUCUGGGAAACAUGCUUAUAUAUUUCUGCCUUUUAAAGAUGAUAAUCUAGCUGCUAGCGAUAGAGCUUCUUCAUUGAGCAUUAUUGAAGCUCGGAGUGCCCCGUUGAAAGGAUUACAUAUUGAGGCAAGACCAGGAGAUCCCUCAGCUCUGGAUGGGGCUUCUAUGUUAGCGUCUUUAUCAAACUACCAUAAUUUCCCCCUUCUACCACCGACUCAUGCCAACAGGCAGCCCAAUCGGGAGGUCCCAGUGGUACCUCCUAUUUGCAAUGAUUGUAUUCCAGACGUUGACAUGAAUGAUGCUGAUAGUAACGAUGAUAUUGCUGCUAUUGCUUCAAUGGAGAAAACUGUUGCUUCAACCUCUGGUGCUGCCAACAAUAGUCUGAACUCUGAGGGCAAUGGAAUGGAUCCUUGCCAAUCAACUGGAGGUGGAAAUGUUCCUGGUUCGAGUUAUGAAAUUAGGCCAAUCUUGCACAUGCAUGGGGAUCCUUCUUCUUCUGAAUUUGAUUUAAAGGGCAGCAUUUCCAAAAUAUUGGAUGAACAAAGGGAAGCCAGAAAUUUCCUUAAAGGAUUUGAUAUUUCUUCAGCUUUAUUAUCAUCUAGACGUCAAGCAUAUAAGGACAGUCUGCGCGCAGGUGUACUCAGUCCACAGAAGAUAGAGGUUUCUUUGGAGAACUUCCCAUAUUUCUUAAGUACAACAACGAAGGAUGUUUUGACUGGUUCAAUCUAUGUUCAUAUGAAGUGUGGAAGCAAGUUUGCGAAGUAUGCAUCUGGCUUGUCUACAAUGCGACCUCGUAUAUUACUCUCUGGACCAGUUGGUUCUGAGGUGUAUCAGGAAAUGUUGGCAAAAGCACUUUCAAAACAUUUUGGGGCCAAAUUGAUGAUUGUUGAUUCUCUUUUGUUGCCUGGGGGAUCACUAACCAAGGAAGUUGAUUCUUCCAAUUCCCGAGAAGGUUCUAGGCGUGAAAGGCUAUCUAUGCUUGCCCAACGAGCUGUACGGGCUGCUCAGGCUGCUGCUUUGCAACAUAAGAAGUCAGCUUCAAUUGUUGAGGCUGAUAUAACCGGUGGUUCAACUGCAACUUCUAAAGUUUAUACGUUCAAAACAGGUGAUCGAGUGAAGUUUGUAGGUCCUUCGCCUUCUGCACUUUCUUCUCUUCAAGGCCCACUGAGGGGACCAGCAAUUGGUUUCCAGGGGAAAGUUGUCCUUGCAUUUGAAGGCAAUGGUUCUUCAAAGAUUGGGGUUAGGUUUGAUAGGUCAAUUGCAGACGGCAAUGAUCUUGGUGGCCUCUGUGAAGAAGACCAUGGUUUCUUUUGUACUGCUGGUUCACUUCGUUUAGAUAGUUCUACCAGCGAUGAUGCUGAUAAACUCGCCAUCAAUGAAAUCUUCGAGGUUGCAUUUGGUGAACGUGAAGGAGGGCCGUUAAUACUGUUCCUGAAAGAUGUUGAGAAAUCUUUGGUGGGGAACACUGAUGUGUAUGCAACCUUGAAGAGUAAGCUUCAGAAUCUACCUGAGGGUAUUGUCGUCAUAGCCUCACAAACCCAGUUGGACAGCCGGAAGGAGAAAUCUCUUCCGGGGGGUCUCUUGUUCACCAAGUUUGGUGGUAACCCGACGUCAUUACUGGACCUUGCUUUUCCGAACAACUUGGGUAGACUGCACGAUAGGAGCAAAGAAAUGCCUAAAUCUAUGAAACAACUAACCAGACUAUUCCCGAAUAAAGUGGCCAUCCAAUUACCUCAGGAUGAAGCUUUGCUGUUGGAGUGGAAGGAGAAACUGGAACGUGAUAUGUUGAUCUUGAAGGCUCAGGCUAAUAUCAGCAGCAUCCGUGCAGUUCUUAGCAAAAAUCGUCUGGUUUGUCUUGACCUUGAAACAUUGUGCAUCAAAGAUCAGAUCCUUCCGCAUGAAAGUGUUGAGAAAAUAGUUGGCUGGGCUUUGAGUCACCAUUCUAUGCACUGUUCUGAAUUUACAAUCAAAGACAACCAACUUGUCAUUUCUGCAAAAAGCAUUACAUUUGGCCUUGAUGUUUUGCAUGGGAUUCAAAACGAAAGCAAGAGCAUAAAGAAAUCUCUGAAAGAUGUUGUUACUGAGAAUGAAUUUGAGAAAAAACUCCUAUCCGAUGUCAUUCCACCGAGUGAUAUCGGUGUUUCGUUUGAUGAUAUUGGGGCUUUGGAAAAUGUUAAAGACACCUUGAAGGAGUUGGUGAUGCUUCCUCUGCAGAGACCCGAAUUAUUUGGCAAAGGCCAGUUGACAAAGCCUACGAAGGGUAUACUCUUGUUUGGACCCCCUGGAACCGGGAAGACUAUGCUGGCAAAGGCAGUAGCUACCGAAGCUGGUGCAAACUUCAUCAACAUAUCAAUGUCCAGCAUUACUUCAAAGUGGUUUGGUGAGGGAGAGAAGUAUGUGAAAGCCGUUUUCUCCUUAGCAAGUAAGAUUGCUCCGUGUGUCAUUUUUGUUGAUGAGGUGGAUGGCAUGUUGGGUAGGCGCGAAAAUCCAGGGGAACAUGAGGCGAUGCGUAAGAUGAAGAAUGAGUUCAUGGUAAACUGGGAUGGUUUACGCACAAAAGACAGAGAACGGGUUUUGGUACUGGCUGCUACCAACAGGCCAUUUGACCUGGAUGAAGCUGUUAUUAGACGGCUUCCCCGGAGGAUGAUGGUUAAUUUGCCAGAUGCAGCGAACAGAGAGAAGAUCCUGAGAGUGAUUUUGGCUAAAGAAGAAAUGUUGCCUGACGUGGAUUUAGAAGCUUUAGCGAAUAUGACCAACGGGUAUUCAGGAAGCGACCUCAAGAAUCUGUGUGUGACUGCAGCACAUCGUCCUAUACGAGAGAUACUGGAGAAAGAAAAGAAGGAGAAAAAUGCGUCUGUGGCAGAGAACCGCCCGUUGCCCCCUUUGUAUAACAGCUCAGACAUCCGACCCCUGACCAUGAAUGAUUUCAUGAUCGCCCAUGAACAGGUAUGCGCGAGUGUGUCGUCGGACUCGUUGAACAUGAGCGAGCUUCAGCAAUGGAACGAGCUAUACGGAGAAGGCGGGUCCAGGAAGAAGACAUCCCUUAGUUACUUCAUGUAAUGAAAGAGCUUCUCUCUCUCUGUCUGUCUUAAUUCAAUAUGUACAGAAAUAGUUGCUGCCGUUGCAUUUUUCUUGUAUUUUUUUUUUGUUGCUCAGAGCCUCAAUUAUUUGCUUCUCUGAAACUCAGGCUGUGUACCAUAUGAUAUAUUCUCCAUAUGUAUAUAUAGCUUCUUCUUCCUUU